GGAGUGAUCUGAUUUGACGACCGUUUUAUCUUUUCUGAAAGCCACCUAUCUACCAGUUCUUCCGCUUUUGAAAUAUGUUACCCUUUAAUUUUUUUUGUUCGGAUGUGUUGUUGGACUGGUAUCUGUAAAUCCGUGCUGCGCCCAUGUAAGUGUCGAAUAUACAUUACAUCUUUCCAGCGUGUGGCGCUAGUGCGCUUGUCCGAGUUUUGUUGACGGAAGUUCCGACGGAAGUAGAGUAAAGCAGCGAUGGUGCGGCUGAAGUCGAGGUAUUUACUAUGCGAAGUCAACGUGUCGGACAGGAGCCAGCUGUUGCUGCUCGACGACCGAGCAAUUAUGGUGGCAGUGAAGGCAGCGGUAGCCCGCACACAUGGGGACUAUGGGGCCGCUAUGUGUAGCAUUAGAUUUUGUGUUAAAUAUCUGAACGCUCACACUGGAAUAGUAUUUCUACGUUUUCCCAAAAGCUGUUACAAACUCCUGUGGUCUGCAUUGCCUUUCAUUACCAGUGUUGAAACUCGUGGGCAAAAAAUUCCCUGCUUUCUAAACUGUUUGCAUGUAGGAGGGACAAUUAGAACAUGUCAGAAGUUUCUGAUCCGAUACAACACCCAGCAGCUCCAUCGAAUGCUGCCUAAAUGUAAAAGCGAAGAAGAAAAACGGCAGGUUCGCAAAGCAAUUCUAAGCUGUUCCCUAACAGAAAGCAAGGAAGCAUUUGAAGAGGAUUCAGAGAGUGAGGAGGAAGAGGAAGAAGAGGAGUGACUUGACCACAUGCUGGGGCCUGUGCUCAGGUUCAAGUAGGAUGCCUGGUUGUGCUUGUUUUUUGUUGUGACUGAAAGAGAAGUCUGUAUGAAGCAUUUGAAGAAAUAGAUUCACAACUGCAAGAGUACCUUGCAGCAGGUUCUCAGUGCUUUUGUUACUUUUAACCGCUCCACCUCCUUCUUUAGAUAAUUCUCUGCACUGGAGGGACGGUUUACAUGGAUAACUUUGGGUUGCAGAGUGGUCUGAUGGACUGUCUUGAGUGUCUUUCAUCAGCAAAGUCAUGUGUUUGAUCACAUGAUCAUAAGUUAGAUAGUUAAAUAAAACUGUAUUUACACAGUGCGACACAGUACUAUGCUCUCCUUCUGAAGAGUCAGACAUUUAAUUUUGUGUGUUUAAUUUGUAUUGGUUCCUUUUUUGUCAUAUUUGUAAAUUAAAGCCACUGUUUGAAGAUA